GUGUGUAAGGGUGCGUGUGUGGGCGGAUAUUGAAGAAUGUGUGUGUGGGGAAGCAUGCCCAUCAUUUCUGAAGCUGGAUGGUAAACAUCAGGGUGAGUUCACUGGGUUCGGAACAGCUGGAACACUUUGCGGUGAGGAUGGAGAGGCUGAGCGCACGGAGUGUACACAAGCGAGGGGUGAGGCGAGACGACAAACAAAUCUUUAGCUGAGACGGUGAUACUGAGUUUCACCAGGCACUGGUGUCUCAGCGGUUAAACUACUGUGCAAGUGGCUUACAUCAUCAAUCAGCAUGUUCCGGGCCUGAGCAGAAAACAAACUUGCAUAAACAGAGUCAUUUUUCAAAAUAAGCUUGAGUGCGCGUCAGUCCCAAGCCGUUACCAUGGCAGAUUCAACACAAGUCGAGAGAACGCGAGGAUUGAAACGAUGAGCCAGCGACAAGUUUUACAAGUUUUUCAGCAGUACCAGAAAGAAAGGAUGAUAUUUGUGCAAACAGUUGCAGAGCUUGCAGCAAGACCUCAGAAUAUUGAAACACUUCAAAAUGCAGGUGUGAUAUCCCUCCUGAGGCCUCUCCUCAUGGAUGCAGUCCCGACUAUCCAACAUUCGGCCGCUCUGGCUCUUGGAAGACUCGCCGGCGAAAAUUAUGAGCUUGCAGAGGCUGUGGUGAAAGGAGAUAUUCUGUCUCCGCUUGUCUACUCACUGGCCAAACAGAACCGCUUCUAUAAGAAGGCAGUGGCAUUUGUUCUCCGUGCCGUGGCAAAGCACUCACCCGAGUUGGCACAAGCCGUGGUAGACUGUGAUGCCCUCGACGCUCUCGUUAGCAGCCUGGAAGAGUUCGAUCCUGGAGUGAAAGAGGCGGCUGCAUGGGCACUGGGUUACAUCUCUCACCACAAUAACUCAUUGGCUCAGGCGGUGGUGGACGCAGGCGCUGUUCCUCUGCUUGUUCUCUGCCUCCAGGAGCCCAAGAUUGCCCUGAAAAGGAUCUCCGCUUCGACACUAAGCGACAUCUCUAAACACUCGCCAGAGCUUGCACAAACUGUAGUGGAUGCUGGAGCCAUUGCACACCUGGCGCAGAUGAUCUUGUACCCAGACACCAAACUGAAGAAGCAUGUGCUCUCAGCUCUUGGCCAAAUAUCCAAACACUCUGUGGAUCUGGCAGAGAUGGUGGUGGAGGCUGAGAUCUUCCCUGCUGUACUGACCUGCCUUAAAGACCCAGAGGAGGAUGUGAGGAAGAACGUCAGCACCUUGAUGCGAGAGAUCACAAAACACACCCCUGAGUUAUCCCAGAUUAUUGUGAAUGCCGGAGGUGUUCCAGCUGUGAUUGAGUGUCUAAGGAACUCCAGAGGGCAUGUGCGAUUACCUGGUAUCAUGAUGCUCGGCUAUGUGGCUGCACACACAGAGAACCUCGCCAUGGUUGUUAUUGUAUCUAAGGGUGUACCACAGCUGGCUAGCUGUCUGGCGGAGGAGACGGAGGAUCACGUAAAGACUGCGAUAGCCUGGGCACUGGGGCAGAUUGGCCAUCACACACCUGAGCAUGCAAAAGCCGUGGCCAUGUCCAACGUGCUCCCCAAACUGCUGACUCUCUACCUGGGCAGGCAGAGCUCUGAGCACCUGCAAAUCAAGGCAAAGGCGGCUUUAAAAAGCAUCCUUCAGAAGUGCACGUACCUUCCAGCACUGGAGUCGCUCCUCUAUGAAGCUCCCAGUAAUGUUCUUCAAUACAUCAUCUGCCAGUUCAGCAAGGUUCUUCCACAUGACAAUAAAGCACGGAGAUUAUUUGUAACUAGCGGAGGACUGAAGAAGGUGCAGGAAAUUAAAGCUGAGCCUGGCUCCGAGCUGCAGGAGUACAUCAACGCCAUUAACAACUGCUACCCUGAGGAGAUAGUCAGAUACUGCUCACCUGGAUAUUCAGAAACACUACUGGAAAUGAUCGACAACUAUAAGCCUGUUGUAGAGGAAGCACCUCUCCAUGAUUAGCACUCUAUACUGCUAAUCUUUACUUUAGCUUUUGAGCAGAAGGGAAAGAAAAGAUGAAGUUUGUGCAAAUGGUUGCAGAGCUUGCAACAAGACCUCAGAAUAUUGAAUCACUUCAAAAUGCAGGUGUGCUGUCUCUCCUGAGGCCUCUCCUCUUGGAUGCAGUCCUGAGUAUCCAACUGCUCUGGCUCUUGGAAGACUCGGCAGCUACAACAAUGCCCUCGCCGAGGCUGUAGUGAAGGGAGACAUUCUGCCUCUGCUUGUCUACUCACUGGCCAAUAAGGAUUGACCGCGCCCUAUUUAAGGAGAGAGAGCGAGAGCAGAGGGAGCUGUCUCCCCAACCAGGCGACUGAUGUGUGUGCGUGUGUCUGAGUGUCUGGGAGAGUGUAACGCUGAAAAGUGUCACAAUAAAAAGUUUUGUGAACUCA